AUGUCUCAGGGAAAGACGACGACGUUGAGCUCCGGCCACAAGAUCCCACAGCUAGGCUACGGUACCUGGCAAGCUGCUCCGGGUGAGGUGUCUGCCGGCGUCUACGAGGCGCUCAAGGUCGGCUACCGCCACCUCGAUCUCGCCAAGAUCUACCAAAACCAGGCCGAGGUGGCCCAGGGCAUCAAGAAGGCCCUGGCCGAGGUGCCCGGCCUUAAGCGCGAGGACAUCUUCAUCACGUCCAAGCUGUGGAACAACAAGCACCACCCGGAUGACGUUGAGGCUGCUCUCGACGACACUCUGGCCGAGCUGGAGCUGGAUUACCUUGACCUCUACCUCAUCCACUGGCCGGUUGCCUUUGCUCGCGGCGAGAACCUGUUCCCCGUCGACCCCAAGGACAACAGCAAAGCUGCCCUGCUAGAGAGCGUCUCCAUUGUGGACACGUGGAAGGCCGUGACCAAGCUGCCCAAGUCCAAGGUUCGCAGCGUCGGCGUGGCCAACUUCAACAUUGAGCAGCUCGAGACCAUCAUCAAGGCAACCGGUAUCACGCCGGCCGUCAACCAGGUCGAGCGCCACCCGCGACUGCAGGUCCUCGACCUCGUCAAGUACAGCGCCGAGAAGAACAUCCACAUCACGGCCUACUCGGCCUUUGGCAACAACUCCGAGGGCCUGCCGCUGCUCGUGGCCAACGACGAAAUCAAGGCCGUGGCCGACCGCCUGUCCAAGGCACAGUCCAAGACCAUCACGCCCGCCCAGGUUAUCCUCGCCUGGUCCCAGAUUGGCGGCCACAGCGUCAUCCCCAAGUCCGUCAAGGCCGCCCGCAUCCUGGAGAACUUCCAGGAGAUCGAGCUGGACGCCGAAGCCGUCACUGCGCUGAACAAGCUGGGCGCGCAGCCGAAGCGCUUCAAUAUUCCUGUUUCCUACAAGCCAUCGUGGGACAUUGACGUCUUCGGCGAGGAGGCCGAGAAGAAGACCACACACAAGGUCAUCUUGUAA